CAUCCGAAUGAUUCAUAAUUGAGUCAAUCGAGUCAUUAAAUUUUAAUUGGAUUUCAUAAUUUUGAUUUUAAGAGAUAAUAUGGAUCCUUCAUAAACAUGAUUUUCAGGUCUCCCGAUUCAACAAGAAAAAUGAAAUUCAGCCCAGGUGUAUCCAUUGAACGACGCCGCUUAAAUGUAAUAAAACGUUGAGAAAAUUCAUGCGAGCCGGAGGAGGGAAUUGCCAAUUAUGGAUGCGAUUGGAGUCGCUUCUUCUCUUUCACAGUCCCCUUCACACUUCAGGCCCAUUCCUUAUUUGCAAUUUCUCUUAAUCAAUGAAGAAUAUAAUCUUCUUUCCCGCUGUUGCAGUCAACAGCGACACUUCUAUCUCGCCGUCGAUGGACUCCAUUUCAAAAUGGAGACAUUGGUGGAUUUAUUGGCCGUGGCGGGGCGCCGCUCUGGGCUGCCUAUAGUGGUGUGCUGCAGGUCGAGGGACGAGCUCGACGCCGUCUGCUCCGCCGUUUCUAAUCUCCCUUACAUUUCUCUCGCUUCUCUGUACAGUGACCUAGCUGAAUCAGAACGGACCUUAGUUGAGAAAUUUAAGCAGGCAACGAUGAGGUAGAACCAGAAUGUCACUGCUCAGUCAGGGGAUGACAGUGAAAUUGGAAAGGAUGUGGAUAAAUCUCAUAUGAUAGUUGUUACAGAUGCCUGCCUUGCACUUUUUGCUUCUGGGGAGUCACCCAUUUCUGCUCGUGUUCUGAUUAAUGACGAGUUACCAAUAAAGAAGAUGGGAUUGUAAUCAAUAUGGUUGUUGGGGGAGAAGUGGUGACUCUUAAAAGUGUUGAAGAGAGCAGCAGCCUUGUCAUAACUGAAAUGCCUAUAAAUAUUUCUGAGAUUUUGUGAAGAUGAUUUGUUUUCUGCAAUGCGUACGGAGCAAAAAUAAGACUUGACUUCCUGUACUCUUUCUAACAGUUGAAGUCCUCAUGUGUGAUUCAGAUGAUCUGAUGCCAGAAAGGGUGAAGUUGAUUGGGCCCACUAACAUGUUGUUCUGUUCUGUCUAACGUGUGAUGAUAGUGUAAAGGACAAUCCCCUUCCUAGGUCCAGCUCAAUAAAAGGACAGCCUCUUCAUAAAUCCAGCGCAAUAAAAUGCUCAACCCUAGUUGGUAAGUCUAUCUUUAUGACCUAACCAAUGGUCCCCUUGCCUAACAAACUAUGCCCAAGUACAUAUUUUUGGGUGGGGCAGUGAAGGGAACCAUGAAAAAUAUUUGAGUGAGUUAUGCAGAGAAUGUAAUUCAAGCAUAAAAUCUUUCUAGGUCAGAAAAUUAUAAAAUCUACUUUGUGUAAUCAAGGAACUUGUUUGACAUGGAACAAGUCUUCCUUUAUUUGCAUUUGUUAUAGUUUAAUUGCAUAUUUGUUGGUGAGUUGAGGGUAGAAACCUUCGUUUCUCGUUGGUGUUUUAUAUACGCAUAGAUAUCCUAGGGCGUUACUGAGCAUAUAUUGACAAGGUGAUAUUUGCUCACUUAUUCUUUUACUAGAAGGAAAA